UUGCUAGACCUGCCUUUGCGAAGAGCCAGGGCUGAGCUCUCCCAGGAAGCUGCUCAAGGAACACCCUCCACCAGCCAUCCCACGGGCUCUCGGGCUGAUGAGGAGAAACUUUUUUGCACGCAUGUGUUAAUUACGAAAUGGAUCUUCCAGGUUCAACACCAUUUAAUGGAGAGCAUAGACACAACCUCUCAAGACGUGUUUUCCCAAGUUGUGCUUGUGCCUUUUUGGACGACGAUCCUGCCUAUGAGUGCUUCACAAACCCUCUGACAGACUCCCUUCCUACAUGUCGCCGCAGCCCUCGACUGCUUUCUAAUGGUUAUUAUGUUUUGACAGAAGACAGUUUUCUGUCUGAUGAAGAGGGCAACAUAACACUGACACCAUCCCACACAAGUGUUACAUAUAAAGAGAAUUUAGUUCGUGUAUUCAGGCGAAGGAAGAAAAUCCGUCGCUCUCUUGACAGCUUGUUCAAUCUCAGUACCUCCAGCUCGUGGCGCAGCUCCACCAUUCCCAGCAAGAUGGAAUUCUCCCAUGUAGAGGAUCCUUGGCCUGAUGGAUGCAGUAAACUAGAAGCCAGUCACAGUGAUAUUGUCACUGAAGAUCUUAUUAGAAGACAUGCAGAACAUAACAACUGUGAAAUUUUUUCGCUGGAAGAAAUCUCUUUACAUCAGCAGGAAAUAGAAAAAUUAGAGCAUCUUGACAAAUGGUGUCGAGAUUUAAAAAUUCUCUAUCUUCAGAAUAACCUGAUUCCAAAAAUUGAAAAUGUGGGCAAACUAAAGAAGCUGGAAUAUUUAAAUGUGGCUUUGAACAACAUUGAAAGAAUUGAAAAUCUGGAAGGCUGUGAAGAGUUGAAGAAACUUGACCUGACAGCCAAUUUCAUUGGUGAACUCUCCAGUAUUGCAUCUCUGAAAUGCAAUAUACAUCUAAAGGAACUGUUUCUAGUGGGUAACCCAUGUACUGAAUUUGAAGGUUAUAGACAAUUUGUAGUGGCAACUCUUCAUCAAUUAAAAUAUUUGGAUAGUAAAGAAAUAGAACGUUCAGAGAGGAUUAAAGCACUUCAAAACUAUCCAGAAGUGAAAUGGAAAAUCAGAGAACAGGAACAAGCUUACCUUCUCAAAAGGGUCAGAGAAAAGGAAGAGGCUCAAAGAAGGAUGCAAGAAAGAAAGGAUAAGAAAAAGAAACAGAUGGACUCUAAGUUUGGAUUUGACAGCCCAGACUCCCCGCAGGAAAAACCCAAUCAGGCAGAAGGAGCUGGAGAGCAGGAAACAUGCAGAACAGCUGAAAAUGAUGAAGAAGACAGAAGAUUUUGGGAGGAGCCUACACCAUAUACUCCAGAAUCUAGAUUAGAAACUCACAGAUAUAUUGAAGAAAAACGGAGAGCUAAAGACAAUAUAAGGGAAGCAAAAAAGAGAGAGAAGCCUCCUUGGACAUUGAUGACUGCAGAAGGAAAAGUUCUGAAUGUGAAUGUGCCUAAGCUUCAUUUCUCUUUGAAAGAUGAUGAAGAAAACAACCAGAUCAUCUUGGAUCUCGCUGUUUACAGACAUUUGGACACUUCUCUACUUGAUGUUGAUGUUCAGCCAACUUACAUACGAGUACUGGUGAAGGGAAAGCCAUUUCAGCUUGUGCUCCCUGAGGAAGUGAAGCCAGACAGCAGCUCUGCUAAAAGAUCACAAACAACUGGUCAUUUAGUUGUCACCAUGCCAAAGGCUAAAGAAAUAAUCCUGGCUAAGCAAAAAGUUUCAGCUUCAAUUAAGCAUUCUGACUGCAAUACACAGCAAAAAACCACAAGAAGGGACAAUCAACCUUUCAGAUCUUCAGCAAAUAUGGAUGAACCUGUCAGGAGUUUCAGAAAAUUGUGAAAACAGAGGCAUCCAGGCAGCCUGGUCAGAGUCAACUGCAGCAUGCUGAAGCUUAUUGUUCUCAUUUGCAGCACCUGAGCAAUACUGAUUGAACACAGCUUUCUCCUUCCACCUCUGAUACACCCAGGCAGAGUGAAAACUCAAUGAAGCUGAAAUCUAAGAAAACAGCAUAUGAAUUAACAGGGACAAAAGGUAUGACAUAAUUUAGAAAACACAGCUUACUCAGAGUGACAGUUCAUGUUUUACUUUUUAAAAAGCAGAAAUGAUCAAAGAUAUUAUUAGUGGCAGAAGUGCUGCUCUUGGUUGCACACUUGUGCACUGGAGCUAUCUAAUAAUCAGCUGGAAUCUCUCUGAGGCAGGUUUUGUACAAAUUGUUCCUGCAUCAAACAUGUCACAGUCAAAACACUGUGAGAGCCACAGAGUACAUCAGGUCUGGAGACUGUUUGCUGUGUUGGUUUCAGGAUCACCAUGGAUUACCUGAGCUAAUUAUAAAAUAUAGACAUUAGAAGGAACAGGGAAGCAAGGAAGUCAUGUUAGACAGACUGGGCAUAGUUUCUUCUGCCAUAUAAGCCCUUGCUACAGACAACAACAAUCACUCCCUUACACAGAGCACAGAAAUGUGAGCCACACAUUUAUUUAAAGAAACUCUACAACUCCUCCAUAGAGAAGCCCUGAUGUGGUGGGAAUUGGCCAGGGACCAAGAGUCAAAAGCCCAUUCCCUUAAGGAGAUGGUAUAGUACAGAACCAGCCCGCUGGUUUGUUUAGGUGUUAGCAUAAUGGUUUGCCCUUGGAGGAGUUCAGAUCUGCACAAAGUGGCAAUUUUUCCAUAUAGGGCACUGAUUGGAGGUGUCUCAACUUAUAAGAGACUUUUCUGAUAUUUGACAACAGCUUUUCUAGCAUGAUGCAUAGGAAAAUUGUAAUAACCAAGUCCACACUGCAGGUUGUACUGCUGUUACUGGAAAUACAACUCUCAGUGUAGUACAGCCUGAAUGUCUGGGGAAAAGAAAAUCUCAGAAGUUAUAGCAUGUAUUGUAUGAACAGAAGCACUUAAAAACUCCACAGCUCUAAACCAUAAGCAUAUUCCUCCUAAGAAACUUCAUAGAAAUAUGUGUAUAGAAGAAUUGACUGGUGAACAUUUGGGUAGAAAGAUGCGAGCUGUGGCUAUGCUUUGACCCUUGUUUUUGUGAUCUCACUGCUAACCAUCUGCAAGUCUACCAGCAGCAUAAUUAUGCCUGUUUGACAGUGUACAUAAAUUAGUGUUGGCUCCUCUGGUUUUGCAACAAGGCAGGCAGCCAUCUGACUUUUUAAUUAAGGAUUUCACUGAGAUUGACAAUAAAGUUCCAAUAUGCUUCCAUAUUUAAAUGAAAGUGCAUCAUCAGUAUAAAAUUUUCAAAGGGAAAACAUUCACGGAGAUUUAUCAGUCACCUAAGAAGUAUAGCUGAAGUGAAGCAUGGCAUCAGCUAUAGAAGAAAUCCAAGCUGUCUGCUUUUCCUGCACCGAAAUCCGUUCUGCAGUGGAAAUCCUCUAAGGGAAUCAAGUCCAUUUUUUUUUCACUCAUUUUUUUAAAUUUCCAUGAACCUAAGACUCUGUACUGUAGUUCUGAAUAUUUAAAGAUGCUGAUAUCCUGCACCAUUUUCAGAACUUCCUUAUGUGUGCUUAUGCUCAGUAUCUACUUACAGCUUCAGCUAUUUAAAUGCUUAAAAGUGUCACCCUUCCUUAUGUCUGUAGUAAAAGCUAUAUUCAUCUCACUAAAAUUAUUUUUCAA